CGUUUCGUUUUCACUGCAGGACUUGCUUUCCGUAAACACCGACAGUGGAGCUUUAAUGUCAGACUCAGGACUUGUGUUAUAAUAACUGGAUUUGGAGUCUGCUUAUAGUGAAGUGACACUCCUCCGGCUCUUCUGACUGAUCAGCAUUCCUGUCUGCGUCCUAUUCCAUAAAUAAGUGUAUUCUGUUGGAUCUGACAGUCAUUAAUGAAGGCAGAGAGACCAUGUGGGAGUCACAUGCGUGCAGAAGAUGAGCAGUAAACAGAUGCCAGGAGCACAGCCCCGGUCUGAGUGUGUUACACCAUGAACAGCACCACUAACCCCCCUCACACCAUCAGCGGAGACGCAGCCGUCAGCUACGUGCUGGUCCCCUUCUUCCUCAUCACUGCCCUCGGGAUUGUUGCAGCAGUGGUGAUGUACAUAAGGAGGAAACGGAGGAUUGAUAGACUGCGGCAUCAGCUGCUUCCAGUUUACACUUAUGACCCGACCGAAGAGCUGAACGAGGCAGAACAGGACAUUCUUUGGAAAGAGGAAGACACAAAGGUGGUCCAGGGUUGGAUGAGGACGUAUCAGCAGCGCAGACCCCUGCUCUCGAAGGAUCCCGAUGCAUGAAAAUCAGCUUUCACUUUUGGUGAUUCUGCACAUAAUCUGUGAACCUGGUCAAUAACUCAACACUGUCUCGUCGUCCUGUAUUGCAGAUUCCCAAGAUGGACAUUUUUGAGCAAUAAGCUACUGAUUUUCCCACUGUUUGACGCGCUGAGUCUGAAAGAGCUUUAGGGACAUGAGAAAUCUACAGUGAAGCGAUGGGAUCAUAUUGUUCGCCUCAGGUCUCUUCUCAUGAAGCAGUCUGAAUAGCAAGACUCCAGAAGGAUGUUAAUACGCCUCUGUGUUACAGUUGUUUAUUUAUUUUAGCUGUAUGUAUUCUGCUGAUGUGCUAUUAAAUCCUCACGAGAUCUGUAGAGUAUUUAGAGCUGAAACACCUUCUGGGGACACCAGAGACUUAUAUUACAUAUUGUAAAAAGGGGCAUAAUAUGUCUCCUUUAAAGUUGGCGUGAAAUGAAAAUUCACCCCAUAUGUUUCCUAAAUGUAUGUUACCGAUGUUAUCGUGAAAAAUGUAUCCACCUUAUUUUCAACUAGUAAGAGUAACAGCAUGCAGUAAAUUCUAAAAAUGGUUUGGGCUACAAACUAGUGCGUUCUUAAUUAAGACUAUACAUGAAAAUAUUAUGGUAAGACACACCAGUUUGAAAUAUCAUGCAGCAAAAUGAGCUGUUUUGCACAGCUAAAAAUAGCUGGAAAAUAAACUGGAAGCUAGACCUUUUUUUUUUGGACAUAAUUUCAGCAUCAAAAUGUCAUAACUGGAUCUUCCAGUGAAAACUAGACUUCUCUCAGGUGACGUCUGUAGGCCCUCUGCAGUCAUUUAGUCCCAUUGAACUCAUCCCUGUAAGCACACCUUCAACUGCUUUUUAUCUUUUAACUUUUUUUACAGGCUUUAUUAACAGCCAAAAGUAGCUGUGCAUCCUGAGUACAAAUGUGCACAGACAUUUCAAUCAAACAAUCACAAACUGUCAAGUAAUUGUCAGCAAAUGUGUUCAACUAUACAGUAUUCACCAUAUUUUUAGCAUAAUAUCAGCUGCAACCAUUUGUAACAAAUCUGUGCCGCUUGUAGUUAUUUUAGCGGUGCAAAAACUGUUAUGCUGCUUGAAACUGCAAACUGGCUUAUCAUCAUAUCAUAUUAAAGCAGUA